ACCACCACCCACCCGAGGGGGGCUGUCGGCUGACAAAGCUGCGGCGGCUCGGGGCGGGCGGCUGGAUGGAGCGGAGCGGGGCCCGCGGCGCUCUGCUCGGCGAUGCCCGCGCGGGGGAGGAGGCUGCUGGCGCCGGGCACGGCGGGCUCGCCCCUCUGAGGCGGUAGCCGCUGCAGCCCAGCCAGGGGACGGGACGGGACGCCGGGCCGGCUCCUGCCUCGCCUCGCCACCCCCUGCCUCCCCCAGCCGCGUCCCGCGGGGGAUGCGCCCCGCUGCGCCGCUGCGGGUUUGCCAGCCGGCCCCGCCGCGGCCGCCCGCCGAGUGACCGCGGCCGCCCAGGAGUUUCCUCUCCGUCGCGGGGAGCCGCCGCGCCUCAGCCCGCCUGUUGCGGGGCGAGCGGGCCCUUCCCGCCCAGCUUCUCGCUGCAGCAGCAGCCGUUGUUCCAAGGGAGGAGGUAUUACCCUGGCCGAAGGCACUGCUUUCUCUCCAUGCUUCUCUAGAGGUGUUCAGAUGGGAUUAAAGUCCACAUGGAGAUAUGGAAAUGGACCAGGAAUUUACUCUAAAAAGAUGGUCAGCUGGGAUUCGGGUUGCCUUAUCUGCCUGGUGGUGGUCACCAUGGCUGGACUUUCCCUGGCUCGACCUUCAUUUAAUUUAGUAGUUGAAGACACCACGCUGGAACCUGAAGAGCCACCAACCAAAUACCAAAUCUCUCAGCCAGAUGUAUAUUCAGCACUUCCAGGAGAACCGCUUGAGUUGCGCUGUCAAUUGAGAGACGCCGUCAUGAUCAGUUGGACUAAGGAUGGGGUCCCUUUGGGGCCCGACAAUAGGACAGUGAUUAUUGGGGAGUACUUACAAAUUAAGGAUGCUACACCCAGAGAUUCAGGCCUCUAUGCUUGCACUGCUGCUAGGACCCUAGACAGUGAUACUCUGUACUUCAUUGUAAAUGUUACAGAUGCCCUUUCCUCUGGGGAUGAUGAAGAUGACAAUGAUGGGUCCGAGGACUUUGUGAAUGACAGCAACCAGAUGAGGGCGCCUUAUUGGACACAUACGGACAAAAUGGAGAAAAGGCUACAUGCGGUGCCAGCGGCGAACACUGUCAAGUUUCGUUGUCCAGCGAUGGGAAACCCAACACCGACGAUGCGAUGGCUGAAAAAUGGGAAAGAGUUUAAACAAGAGCAUCGUAUUGGUGGAUAUAAGGUCCGCAACCAGCACUGGAGUCUCAUCAUGGAGAGCGUGGUCCCGUCUGACAAAGGAAAUUAUACGUGCAUCGUGGAAAAUCAGUACGGAUCCAUCAAUCACACGUACCAUCUCGAUGUUGUUGAGCGAUCACCCCAUCGGCCCAUCCUCCAAGCUGGCCUUCCAGCAAAUGCCUCUGCGGUCGUCGGAGGUGACGUCGAGUUCGUCUGCAAAGUCUACAGUGAUGCUCAACCUCAUAUUCAGUGGAUAAAACAUGUAGAGAAGAAUGGCAGUAAAUACGGACCAGAUGGACUGCCGUAUCUUCAGGUUUUAAAGCAUUCGGGGAUAAAUAGUUCCAAUGCUGAAGUGCUGACACUGUACAAUGUGACAGAGGCGGACGCUGGAGAAUAUAUUUGUAAGGUCUCCAAUUAUAUAGGGGAGGCCAACCAGUCUGCCUGGCUCUCUGUUCUGCCAAGUAAACAAGCUCCUGAAAAAGAAAAAGAAUACCCGACAUCUCCUGACUACCUGGAAAUAGCAAUUUACUGCAUAGGGGUCUUCUUAAUUGCCUGCAUGGUGCUGACGGUCAUCCUGUGUCGCAUGAAGAACACCACCAAGAAGCCCGAUUUCAGCAGCCAGCCCGCUGUCCAUAAGCUGACAAAGCGAAUCCCUCUGCGCAGACAGGUAACAGUGUCGGCUGACUCGAGCUCCUCCAUGAACUCCAACACUCCUCUGGUGAGGAUAACUACUCGCCUCUCCUCUACGGCUGAUGCCCCCAUGCUGGCAGGAGUCUCGGAAUAUGAAUUGCCAGAAGACCCAAAAUGGGAGUUUCCAAGAGAUAAGCUGACGCUGGGUAAACCCCUGGGUGAAGGUUGCUUUGGGCAAGUCGUCAUGGCCGAGGCGGUGGGGAUUGACAAAGACAGGCCAAAAGAAGCAGUAACUGUGGCAGUGAAGAUGUUGAAAGAUGAUGCUACAGAGAAAGAUCUGUCUGACCUGGUGUCAGAGAUGGAGAUGAUGAAGAUGAUUGGGAAGCAUAAAAAUAUCAUCAAUCUCCUUGGAGCCUGUACCCAGGAUGGUCCGUUGUACGUGAUAGUAGAAUACGCUUCCAAAGGAAACCUGCGCGAGUACCUGCGAGCACGCCGCCCCCCGGGGAUGGAGUAUUCAUUUGAUAUUAACAGGGUACCAGAAGAGCAGAUGACAUUCAAGGACUUAGUGUCCUGCACGUACCAGUUGGCAAGAGGCAUGGAGUACCUGGCUUCACAAAAAUGUAUCCAUCGAGACUUGGCUGCAAGAAAUGUUUUGGUAACUGAAAAUAAUGUCAUGAAAAUAGCAGACUUCGGUUUAGCCAGAGACAUCAACAAUAUAGAUUAUUAUAAAAAGACUACUAAUGGACGGCUUCCAGUAAAGUGGAUGGCUCCAGAAGCUCUGUUUGACAGAGUUUACACGCAUCAAAGUGAUGUUUGGUCAUUUGGUGUGUUAAUGUGGGAGAUCUUCACGUUAGGAGGAUCACCCUACCCAGGAAUCCCAGUGGAGGAACUUUUUAAGCUGCUUAAAGAAGGGCACCGAAUGGAUAAACCUGCCAACUGCACCAAUGAACUGUAUAUGAUGAUGAGAGAUUGCUGGCAUGCUGUGCCUUCACAGAGACCGACUUUUAAACAGUUGGUAGAAGACUUGGAUCGGAUUCUCACUCUCACAACUAAUGAGGAGUAUCUGGACCUCAGUGGACCUCUGGAACAGUAUUCACCUAGCUACCCUGACACGAGGAGUUCGUGUUCUUCAGGUGAUGACUCUGUUUUUUCUCCCGAUCCAAUGCCUUACGAACCUUGUCUUCCCAAGUACCAACACAUGAAUGGAAGUGUUAAAACAUGAAAAGAAAUCAUACAGAGGAAUAAAGAAACAAGAACAUCAAGCUACCUACCGUAUACAAAACAAAAUCUUUUCUCCAGGACCUUAAUGUUUCUGCUUGUACAUAUGAAAUAUGGAAAAAAAGAAGAAAAAGGAAAAAAAAAAACAAACCCAAACCAAAACUUGGAGGAAAGCAGUCAGAACCUACAUAGAGAAUCUCAUGAUUUGCAGCUUUUGAAUAUUCCCAACAAAGAAGAAUGUUUAUGAGCUGUGUCUAGAUACCCAUUGCUAUCGAUUUCCUGACUCUUGUAAGCUGCAACAGACUUGGUUUGUACAAUGGACCAGUUGGACUUGAGGCAAACUCUGGGUCUGCCUUUCUUGUUUAUUUUGUAAUAUUUGGAGAAAAUAUAUGUUGGCACACACUUACAGAGCACAAAUGCAGUAUAUAGGUGCUGGAUGUAUGUAAAUAUAUUCAAAAUAUGUAUAAAUAUAUAUUAUAUAUAUUUACAAUGAAUUAUUUUUUGUAUUGAUUUAAAAAUGGAUGUCCCAAUCCACCUAGCAAAUUAGUCUCUUUUUUAACAGCUAUUUGCUAAAUGCUGUUCUUACACAGAAUUUCUUAAUUUUCACCAUCCAAAGGUGGAAAAUACUUUGCUUUCAGGGAAAAUGGUAUAUCAUUAAUUUAUUAACUAAUUGGUAAUGUACAAAACAGUUAAUCGUUUAUAGGGUUGUUGUGUUUUUGUAAUUUAAAUGGCAUUUCUAUGCAGGCAGCACAGAGGACUAGUAGAUAUAUUGCUCAGACUUUACUAGUUUUCAGAUCUUUAAAAAAAGAAAUAUUUACAGUAUAUAACUAAUUUUGGGAAAUUAAACUUUUGAUUUAUUUGUGUUUAAAACCUGCAGUGUCAGAUGAUUAUUCUUAGCAAAACCAAAUCCUUUAACGUGAAAGUCUUUUAUUCUCAAUACCUGUCACUUUAACAGUUCAACUCUUUAGCAAGAUUUCCCAUGGCCAAACUCCAGAAACAUUCCACACACAAAAGAAACAAAAAAACAAAAAGAAAUUUUUAAAGAUUCCUAAAGUAAGGAAAGACAUGAAUUUGUCUAUAACCAUAGCAGAACAUACUGCUCUAAAAGGAGCUGAGCUUCUACCCCAAGUUGCACAUGCAUCAAAUUAACUACAAUUCUCUUCCCUGAGUUGGAUAAUGGGUUCCAGAUAUUUUGGCCUGGAUCUUUUGCCUUUUAGACUGACCCUCUAUUGUAACUUAAGUUAAAAAGAGAGAAGUUGUUUAUAAUGACAAUUUGCCAUAGGAAUAUCAGCAUCUUUUUAAGGGAUUAAUUCAUGUUGACUCCAGUAUUUCCUUCUGAUCCAUUCCAUAACAGUAGGUAUAGCACUGGCCUCUGCUAAAAUAUCACUGUUGUUUGUAUCUUUUAUACGGAAGUCUUGUGUUUUUACAUUUAGAACACUCACACUGAUAUGGCCAUGCAAUAUGAAUGCAAAUUACACUGUUUUAUGUGGUGGUGUGGUUAUUGUUUUUGGUUUUGUUUUUUUUUUAUUUGUUUUGGGGUUUUUUUUGGGGGGGGUGUUUUUGUUUUUUACAAAUUGGGUUAAAAGACUUAAAAUCUGUUAACUUUUGUACUGACAAUAAAAUGUUUCUACAGAUAUUAAUGUUAAAAUUGCAAAAUAAAUGUCAUGCAGCUUAUUUUUCCUAA